GACUCUCUCUGCAUACAGCAAUGCGGUUGAGUUUGUGUAACGUGUGACAUGGCCGAAUCUUAGCGCGUUAUAGCGGAACAUCUGACUUGCGUUUCUACUAUACUCAAGUGAAUACAGGGUAUAAUUAAGUCCGGAUUGAACUGUGAAACAUCCAAGUCAAGUGUCCUACGCAGCAAUUUGACUCGAACUACAUUUUUUUUGUACGAAAAAGUGCGUGGAGGAAUAACAAAACGCAACACGUAUCCGGUGGGAUUCCAUUCUAGAGUCGAGAAACGCGAGGGUGCAAAGGGGAGAGGGGUUAGUCACAAACAGAAGAGGAAAGGGAGAGAAGGAGAAAGAUUUUGUAUGUUUUUGCCGUAUCGACACAUUUUAUUGAAGGAAUAAUGAGGAACAUUUGGAUAAUUUUGACCCUCGGCAUAACAGCCUUUCUCUCGGGGGAAAGGAUAGCGGACGCGGCCAAGUCGUCCUCCGAAGUGGAUGAACUUUUCAUUGACGACACAGGGUCCGGGGGCUACUACCCCGAGGAUGACGACGACUUUAACUCGGGGUCAGGAUCAGGCACUGCUGAGGAGGUGAUCGAGGAGGCGGUGACCGUGAGCACGCUGUACAUUGCGCCCAAAGCAGAACCCACCCAGGACUCCACCAAAGACUUCACUCCCAGAGUGGAGACAGACACGCCCAGAGAAGACCUGCCUGGGGAAACGCCCUGGAAGCCAGUCAGAACUGAGCCCCCAGUACCCGUCACCGAGGAUGUACGCAAGAACCAGAUCACCAGCACCCCCAGCUCCCCCCUGGAGCCCAUCGAUGUUCGCUCGGAAAACCUCUUCCAGAGGACGGAGGUGCUGGCAGCUGUCAUUGCGGGUGGAGUUAUUGGCUUCCUCUUCGCCAUCUUCCUCAUCCUCCUCUUGGUUUACCGCAUGAGGAAGAAGGACGAGGGCAGCUACGACCUGGGAGAGAGGAAACCCUCUGGGGCAGCCUAUCAGAAGGCCCCAACCAAGGAGUUUUAUGCAUAAAGCCCCGCCCCCUCAUGAGAAGAUUGACAAAUCGGAGUGACAGUUUAUAGCAGUCCAUGACAACAAGAAAAAACCUGUUCAAAUAUACUGUAACAACAAAAAAUAAAAAGUUAAUUGAGGAAAAAUUACAUAAAGAAAAGCUUUUGCAUAGAGUAUUGUAAUUAAGACAUUUUCUUCUUUUUUAAUGAAAAGCCAAGCAUUGCUUAUUUUAUGGCAUAUCUCAGUGUAUUUAAACAUUUUGUGUAUUAUUUGAAAAGGCAAAAAAAUAUAAAAACAUUUUAAAAAAUCUGUUACGGUGAGAAAAAGCUAUUGCAUCUGUCUUCUGUCAAAGGAGCUGUUUUUAGUCGCUGACUACUAUUUAACUGUAGCAGUAUGUAUUUGUAAAGAAAUGUUUUAAAAGUGGAAAUAAUUGAAUAUAAUUAUUCUGUAUCAAUCCUAUAAAAAAAUAUUGUCCUAGCAUGUCUGGCGUUGAUCUUUAAAAGGUGUAUUUCAUUCAUUUAUAUUUUUUUCUCAGAUGUAAAAAAAUAUAUAUAUAUAUAUAUAUGCCUUUUGUAGUAUUCAUGAAGCUUUUUCAUCUUCAUAUUAACGCUGAUAACUGUCAAUGUAAAUGUUCUCCCUUCAGGUUACAAUGUCAAUCAAUCUAGUUGAACUUGAGCGUUUCAUUUAUUUUUUUGUUCGUCUUGUUUGUUUUCUUUCAAUGUUUGUUUUGGUCAAAACCAUUUCUUAUACAGCAUACAUGUUAAAACACAGUAAUCGGUCUUAAAAAAGCUAAGAUGUGUCAGGGGCUCAAGAAAAACACAAGACUUACUUUACAGUAUGUCUUGUGGAUGUUUUUUUAACAUUUAAUUUAAUUGCAUACGACUUCUCAUAUUGCACAUUCACCUCAUUGCUUCUUUGCUGGUCUCGUUCAGCUCUGAGUGUUUACGAUGUUUGGGGUUAAAUUUGGCUCUGGGGCAAUGUUUUCCCCUAGUUUACUCUGCCUGUUCCAUCUGCCUUUGCUCCUCCCUCUCAUCCUCAGCAUUCUCUCCAUCUCCUCCAUGUAAGCGGUCGGCCUCUCCCCUUUUUCUCACUCCACUGUGUUGCCAGUGUUUUUGUCUCCCCUUUGUCGAUGGUUUAGCCCGGAGAUCCUCGAUUCUCAGAGAGCGUGAGGUUGGUUACCAGGAGCAAGACAGAGAAAUACACCAUGGGAUUGUUGUUGCCAUCCUCUCUCAUUGAAACAGUCACCUCUGCGUGAAGGGUACAACAGGUUGUGAAGUUGCCUUUUGAGCUGUACACAAAUGUGAAGUAGACGUCAUCUGAACUCCCAACCACCCACAUGAGGCCAUCCUCCCUGCACCCCCCCCCCCCCUCAUUCCCUCCUCCUUUCUGCUAUACCCUCCAGUCUGCAAUCUCUUUCUCUCUCUCUCUCUCAUAUUAUCAUCAUAGAAAAGAUAGGUACUAAACUGCAAACCAAAACCCAAAGACACAGUAUUCUCACCAUUGCUUGAACUUAUUCCCAUUAUGGCCACGUUACUCUCAUUUUCUUUUCCUUCAUUUUUUUUAUUUGAUUUUUUUUAUAGCUUUUUAUUUUAUUAGAGACUUGACCAUUGAGUCCAAUUGCUUAUUAGUAUACAAAAAGAUAUAUAUUAUAUAUAUAUAUAAAUGCAUAUUCACAAAUGUUUUAAACCUUCAAAGUGCCUACCAUUUGGAAAUGUACUUGCUCUCUCGGAGAGCAUAAGGAGACGCAUACGUUACACCAGGAGGAUGAUGAUGAUAAUGACUGGCAUUCUGUGAGCACAGAUGACUAAUGGUCACCACUUUUUUUUUUUUUUUUUUAAGUCUUACAAAAGCAGACAGUAUUGUACCUAUACGUUGAAACAACACUACUGAAUAAACAUUGUGGCCUAA